UCCCUGAGUGCUUGGUCCCUUCUGCCUCCGCCAGGCUCACCGUGCUCCCCUGAGCCCUCUGGGUGUCUCCCGGCCAACUGGACGAGACAGUGGUCCUCCUUCCUGGCCUCCAGUCCCACUUAAGGAAACACCCCAGGGAUGACCGGGAAGGGGCGCUGCCCUCAGAAUUAUCCCUUAGAAGGACGAGUGUUUGUGGAGGUUUCCCUUAUGAAGACGGGAAAUGUCGCUUUAAAUGCGUUAAAGGUUUAUUCAGUCCCCUGUAUCAGAGCCUAUAGUUGGCGCUGAUGCUGGUCUGCGAGCGGGCUGAGGGAGCAUGAGCCAUUUGCAGAACUUACUGUUAGAUACCCUCCUGGGAACAAAGCAUGUGGACAGUGCAGCCCUCAUCAAACUCCAGGAGCGAAGCUUGAGUGUAGCAUCACCAGGAUUUAGUGUAAUGCCCAGUGAUGUCCGAACUCUUGUGAAUGGAUUCGCCAAGAACCCUUUGCAAACCAGAAGAGAAGGACUGUAUUUCAAGGAAAAGGACUACAAAUGUGUCCGGGCAGAUGACUAUUCUCUUUAUGCUAAGAAUGAAAACACUGGUGUGGUUGUUGUGAAGACCCAUCUGUAUCUUCUGGUGGCAACUUACACUGAAGGCAUGUAUCCUAGUGUUUGUGUGGAAGCCACAGAGAAACUGGGAGAAUAUCUAAGAAGAAAAGGAAAUUAAGUCAUCAAAGGACCAUGAAAACCAGCUUUUGUUAUUAUAGGAAAUCAAUUCUAAAGAAAAAGUAAUGCCUGAUUUUGUGAUUGAAAAACACUAGGAAGAAGGGACCAAAAAGGAAGAAUGAGUUAAGGGAGCGAUGUUUCUUAUUUCAAGAGAUCCUCUUCUUUAAUUAGAAUUCUUUGAUAAGCUUUA